AUGCCAUCGGACACGCCGCUGCACAAGGCCGCGCACAACGGCGACAAGGGCGCCGUGCUGCAGAUCCUCGAGGACCCGGACAUGGACGUCAACGUGCCCGGGGCGGCGGACCGGCGCGCGCUGCACCGCGCCGCCGGUGGCAACCACGCCGAGCUCUGCACCUUGCUCAUGGACCGCGGCGCGCUUGUAAAUAUCCCGGACAAGAGCGGGCGCACGCCAUUGCACUGGGCGUGCAUUAGCGGGCACAAGGAGGCGGCGGUGGUGCUACUGGAGCGCGGCGCCGACAUCAAUGCGGUGACGACAAGCGGGACGACGUCGCUCAUGGGCGCGGCCGAGGCCGGCAAAGUCGAGGUGGUUCGGCUGCUCAUGGAGAAGAAGGCCGACUCGGCGCUCAAGGACAAGGACGGCAAGAUGGCGUUCGAUCUCGCAAUGGCCGGCAAGCACAGCGCGGUAUGCAAAGCCAUGAAGGAGCUCGGCGACCCGGCGGCGCAGAGCUCGUCGUGUGCAAUCCAGUGA